CGGACAGAUUACACUGGUGUGACCGUCGGAAAGGGCGCAUCUGCAACCGCGAGAGGGGCAAACGGCAACAGAGGAUUCUCGCGCGAUUCUCUGGCCACGUUUGUUUCACCUAUAAGCGAUUCCCAAACGACAACUUGGUUUCUAUAAACAAUGACGUCAUGUUAUGCUCAAGAUUACGAAACACUUGAGGAUUGAUCGUGAACAUAGAAAUGUCCGGGUCUUCACAGAACAACCAACAGUGACAUCUGGUGGCGGACCCUUAACGCACCACGACUGACGUUAAGCGCCUGCAUUGGUCCCUGAGCUCAAACCCCGCCCUCUGACGUAAUACACAACAUCGUGUCAGCCGGUUGCAAAGGACCGUAGCGAGUCAACGGUGAAGAUGAUCAACUGGAAGGCGUUGGAAAAUGUACCUGUCCUCCUGUACAUCUUGGCCCUAAAAACACUGCUGCUGUGUUUGGCGUUUGCUGGGGUCAAGAUCUACCAGAGUAAGAAGGAAGAGGAGAAGUUGCGGAAGAUCCAGGCUGACAGGAGGCGCUUGGCUCAACAGACACAGGAGCUCAUCGACAACCUGAAAGAAGACUAGAGGCAACUGCUGCACAACACUCUGCUCAUAACACUGAACUGUCACUGACCUUUGCGGCAACAGUGACCUCUCGACUGAGGAUACGUCAGGCGUUGGUACCGUUGGCAGGAUCUCUUUGUUCACACGCUCCAGCCGACAUCAGGAGAAGGCUGAAUGUUCACGUGAGACAAGACUUGAGAUUUCUUGUGGUUCAAAGAAAACCUUUAUGCCGUAUGGCUGAACGCUUGCUGUCGUCAAAGUUGUUUCACAUUGUAUCCAUUUUUUAAAAAGUUUUUAGUGUCAACUUUUGUAUUUUUC